UUGACGCUUUAUGCUCAUUGGUCACGUCGCGCACAUGCACGCAUGAAACCGGUAGCAGGCAGCGCACGUCGUUUACUGCUAAAUCAACUAACUUCUACCGUUAACAGUGUCACAAUGCCCAGCAAGAAGACUGCCCCAAAGAGGAAGUCUGCAGCUGUUGAAGGUGCUAAUGAGCCCAAGAAAGUAAAAGUUUCACAUGGCAGUCACUGCAACGAGCCGGGCCAAGUUUUGGUCCUAGGCCAGGGUGAUGUUGGCCAACUUGGUUUGGGUGAGGACAUCAUUCAGAGGAAGAAGCCAGCGCUCCUGUCCUUACCUGAGAAAGUAUUUCAAGUGACAGCAGGAGGCAUGCACACUGUGUGUCUCAGCGAAAGUAGACACGUGUAUACUUUUGGCUGUAAUGAUGAGGGGGCUCUUGGUCGAGACACAACAGAAGAGGGGUCUGAGAUGGUUCCAGGAAAGGUGACUCUAGGUGAGAAGGUGGUCCAGGUGUCUGCAGGGGACAGCCACACAGCUGCUCUCACAGAGGAUGGAUCUGUUUACAUCUGGGGCUCCUUCAGGGAUAAUAAUGGUGUAAUUGGUCUUCUGGAGCCCAUGAAAACAUGCCCAGUCCCAGUGAAGAUCCCCAUCCCAGAACCUGCUGUAAAAAUUGCCUCAGGAAACGACCACUUGGUGUUAGUGACACGGGAUGGGAAUCUUUACACAUCAGGCUGUGCAGAGCAGGGGCAGCUGGGAAGAGUGCCUGAGCAUUUUUCAAACAGAGGUGGUAGAAAAGGUCUUGAGCGACUCCUGGUGCCGCAGAUGGUGAAGCUGAAGGGGAAAGUUCACUUUAUAGAUGCUUUCUGUGGAGCUUACUUUACCUUUGCUGUGUCACAAGAAGGACACGUUUAUGGAUUUGGCCUCUCAAACUAUCACCAACUGGGCACCAAAAGCACCAAGAUGUGUUUUGUUCCUGUAAAACUGACGUGCUUCAAGAACUCCACCACUACCUGGGUGGACUUUUCUGGAGGACAACAUCAUACGCUGUGUCUUGACUCUGAAGGACAGGUAUACAGCCUUGGCAGAGCUGAGUAUGGACGUCUGGGUUUGGGUCAGGGUGCAGAGGAGAAGAGUGUGCCCACAGCUGUCACAGGGGUGGAGCCGGCCAAAGGAGUGUCUUGCGGAGCUUCAGUCAGCUAUGCGGUGACCAGAGAAGGAUCUGUUUAUGCCUGGGGAAUGGGAACCAACCUCCAGCUUGGCACUGGGGAGGAGGAUGACGAGUGGGGCCCUGUGAAGAUGACGGGCAAACAGCUGGAGGGUCGUGAAGUACUGUUGGUCUCCAGUGGAGGGCAGCACACAGUCUUACUGGUAAAGGACAAGCAAGAGAGUUGAUGUCUUUUCCAGAGUGGAGGAGUGUUUGGAUGCUCUGCACUAGACUAAUCUGUAUCUGUAGUGAGGGUACGUGAGCUCAGGAUGAAAGUUGGAUCUUUUUGUUAGGACUGCUGUUCUUACCUUGGGAGGAAAUGUUUAUGGACGUAUUUCGUAGUAUGAGACAAGCAAGUAUUUUUUUAAUAGUUUUUUAAAAUCUUUCUCUUUAUAAAAUCAUUGAAAGGCUGUGGUGGUAUUUUGAAUGUUUGUGAAUAUGGCUGCAUGUACAGAACGAAAACGCACACUGUUAAUGACUCCUAUGGACAAUGUUUUCUUUAAGCAAUAAUUCGAUUACAUCUUGUUCAGACGUAAAUACAAGUUUGAGAUAUUUCUUGGUCAUUGUUCAACAUUUACACAACUAUGCUGCACAUUUGAUGAAAAAAAUACUGGGUUCCUAAACUUUUUUUCCUGUCUGAAAUAAAAAAAAUUUCCCCCUA